AUGUCCCUUUUUGCGUUUAGACCAUUACUGAAUAUUUUACCGUGUCGAUUAUUUUCACAAGUAUGUAUACUACCCUAUGAAAUUGAUCGCUUUAAUGGUACUCGAGUUCGAAUUCAAGAUUGGCCAAAUGAUACAAAAAUCAUUAGAGAAACACUUUCUAAUUCACUUGAACAAUGGCAAAAAGAUAAACGUACAUCUGCUUGGCUUUGGAUUCCAAUUGAAAAAGCACAUGUUAUACCAAUUGCUGCUGAAUUAGGAUUUACUUAUCACAAUGCCGAAGAAAGAACUGCUGUAUUAAAUAAAUGGUUAUUACCAAUAAAAUCUAUGAUACCACGUUUUGCUACGCAUCAAGUUGGAGUAGGUGGAGCUGUUCUUCAUAAUAAAACAAAUGAAUUACUUAUUGUUAAAGAACGUAUUAGAAAUCGAGAAAUUUGGAAGUUACCGGGAGCUGAUGGUGCGAUACGUGAAGUACUUGAAGAAACUGGUAUUCAUGCGAAAUUUGAAUCAAUUAUUGGAUUUCGUCAAGCACAUCGAUAUCCUGGUGGUCAUGGUCGUUCGGAUAUAUAUUUUAUAUGUCGUUUAUCGGCUGUAACAGAUACAAUAAAUUUUGAUAAAAAUGAAGUACUUGAUUGUAAAUGGAUAAAACUUGAUGAUGCAAUUAAAGAUGAAAAUCCUAUAUUACGGCGUACUGCUAAACAAUUAUUAUUUGGUCUUAAUAAUGGUUUUGAACAAUCGAUUGAUUUUAAAAUAGAACGAAUUCCAUCCAUUGUUACAGGAAUAACUUUUGACUUUUUUACACGCUCAAUAAAUUCAAAUAAAUAA